AUGAGCACCACUUACCAUGCCCCGCUGGCUUCCUAUGAGACCCACGCCGUCCACGCCUAUCCGAACCAGCUGUCCCAGACGGUCAAAGCUAAGAUGCCCAUGAAUGAUCAAGCCAAUGUCCCGGUCUACCGUCCGCAGCCACCGCAACAGGCUCAUAUGCCACCGUCAACCCAGCAGCAGCAGCAGCAGCAGUACCCUGUAAAUUGGUGGCCCCCCAAGAAUGCGCACACCGUCCCCUCUGUUCCUACUCAGCUGCCUUCGAAUGUGACCUCGCAAACCCGUCAUCGACCCGCCAGCCCUCCGCCGGCAGCAGACAUGGCCAUUGCCCCUGCCCAUGGCCCUGCCCAGAACCGUCAAAAAGCUCCCGCUAGCACCGAGACCUUGGUCUGCCACAGCCUUGAGAUCCCAAGGCGGAUAAGCCCUGCCGGUGGGAACUUGGCCGACUUUGCAGCUCAGAUGACUUGCCUCUUUUGGUUCACUUCUACCGACGAGUUGAAGCACGCCGAAUCGAUACGUACACUGCCCCCGGGCUCUCUCGUCGCCAGACUGCCGCCGCUGGCCAAACCCCACGAACAGUUCCGUAAAUGGGUUCUCAGCAUCCUGUCGACGACGCAGGUCACACAGAAUGUCAUUCUCCUGAGCCUUUUAUUCAUUUACCGUUUAAAAAUGUCGUCACCGCAGGUCAAGGGUCGAGCAGGCAGUGAAUAUCGUUUGCUGGUUGUCGCCUUGAUGCUGGCAAACAAAUUUCUGGACGACAACACGUACACCAACAAGACAUGGGCCGAGGUCUCGUCGUUCGCCGUCAAGGAGAUCCACGUUAUGGAAGUCGAGUUCCUGAGCAACAUGCGAUACAAUCUACUGGUCUCCAAGUCUGAGUGGGCUGGAUGGCUGACCAAGCUCUCCUGCUUCCACGAGUACUACGAGCGAGCCCUCCGCCUGCCGGCCUCGCCGCUGCACAUUCCGUCACCGACCAACCCCCUGGUCAGCUCGCCGCUCGUCUCGCCGACCAACGCUAGUGUUCCGUCCAUGACCGACCUGGGACAGGGCAUCAGGGGCAACAACCUGUCGCCGACAUCGUCCCGCACCCCUAACUGGGCCGCCUACCAGACCAACGCAGUCUCUCCACUUGCCGGAAAGCCGGCUGUUAAUCUCGGUCCCUCGUCGACGCGCAAGAGGAGCUUUGGGGACGACCUCGGCGAGCACCCGGCCAAGCGCUUCGUACCUCUAUCGAGAGCAGCACCCCCGCCCGGGGCCACGGUCAUACCGCAGCGACAGCAGCAGCAGCAGCAGCAGCAGCAAACGCAAACUGCACAGGCAUUGGCCGCUCCCAACGGUAUCAGCAUCCCACCGAAUCAGCCACACCAGCAGCAGCCUGCUCUCGCGGCACUCGGUGCAGCUGGUGCGACGCCCUCGUACUCGCAAGGGAGCUACGCCACGCCGGUCACUGCCCCGGCCGCCGACCACGUCUCGCUACCGCCGCUUCAGCCUGGCGUCCGAGCCAUGGCUAGUCUGUACCAGCCGCAGGGACCGGCUUCCAUCCCUCAACCUCAUUGCGUGCCGCCCUCCAGCGUUGCGGCGUCGAGCCAGCCGCAGCAGGCCGGUUAUGCUGCUACUCCCGCCACGCUCCCGAGCCACGCUCCCGCUCCGUUGGGCUACGCCAACACGGCCAAGACACGGAGCCCCGCGAGCCUGGCACCAGGCUCCUACGCCUCGUCGCCGAUGGUAGCCGACCAGUUUAGCGGGGCGACGUCAGGCAUGCAUACGCCCAUGUCCAACUCGCCGAGCUUCUACCUGCAGGAGCGUAACAGUCCGUACAAGCCGAUCCGGCACGUCAACACGCUCCUGUACCCGCCGCCGUCGGCCUCGCUGGACCAGUACCACCUCUCUGUGCCUGUGCCGCCGACGCAGAUGCACUACCAGCCUCUGGGCAGGCGACACGACGUUCGCACGGGUGUCGUGCCAGAGUUCGUCCUGUUCAACAGAACCCGACAGGCUCAGCCACAGCCACAGCCACAGCCACAGCCACAGCCACAGCCGGUCCAGUCACAGUAUCGGGUGUAG